AUGCUUCACUAUCUUCGCUUUGCCUGCAUCGCCCCCCAUGCCUUCUUUGUCAUCUUCCUCAUUGCUUUUUCUGCCCGGGCUACCGGCUCCACUUGGAAUUUGAUCACCCACAUUGUGUCUUGUAUUAUCUUUGGCAUCUAUCUUCCCGCCGCCCUCAUCUUUGCGUUCGCCAGACGUCACUCGGGCAAGCACACCUUCUUUGACGCCGCUUGGGGAGAGGCGGCGUACAUUGUUGCGCAAAUGAUACUGGCUCUGUUGAGCAUGAUCUUCUCCAUUAUCAAAUACGUGCACUACCCACCCUUCCACUGGGAAGGUGCCGACACCUCUCGCAAGACCAACUUGAUUCCAGUUGCCGUCCUCAGCGCCGUCAACUGUGCGGUCUUGUUUGCCUGGUUGGUGGUUGUCCUCCUUUUCGUUCAGAGAGCCAAGAGGAACGGCACUGGGGACUGGGGGAAGGGGAUCACUUGGAUGCAGCAGGACGAGGCUGAGAGGCAGAAGGUGGGAGAUGCUGAGCGACUUAGGAAGGUGCAGAGCUAUGAUGCCUAA